AUGGGCGAAGGAACAGUUAUCACCAUCGACGAGACUGAAACCACAAUUGACAUUAUGUCAGAUUUAUUGAUUGGACAAGGUCAUGAUCCUCUUCUUGAAUUGGUUAAUUUUGGUUAUCCAGACUUAUUGGCGAACUUGGAAAAUGAUUCAUACUUCCAAGAAAGAGCGAUUCUCGCCCCGACCCUCGAGAGUGUUGAGCAAGUCAACAACUACAUGUUGUCAAAGCUUCUUGGAGCCGAGAGAGAGUACUUGAGCUAUGAUACCCCAUGUAGAUCAGAUGAAGAUUCUCAGGUUGACGCAGAGUGGUUCACCUAUGAGUUUUUAAUUGACGUUCAGCGCUCGGGAAUUCCAAACCACAGUUUGAUAUUAAAAGUUGGAGUUCCAACCAUGCUUCUUCGAAACAUAGACCAAGCGACUGGUUUGUGUAAUGGAACUCGGUUGAGAGUCACUCAUCUUACUCAAUAUAUAAUUGUUGGAACUGUUUUAUCAGGAAUUAGGAUGGGUAAAACAGAGUACAUCCCAAGGAUAACCUUAACGCCUUUUGACUCUGGUCUUCCCUUCAAAUUUUCUCGAAGGCAAUUCCUGGUGACUUUAUGCUUCGCAAUGACUAUAAACAAGAGUAAGGGUCAGUCCCUUUCUCAUGUGGGUUUGUCCCUUCUGAGGCAUGUGUUUACUCAUGGACAACUGGCCAAGAAAUCGUGGGUGCUGGGGAAGGUUUUGGGGCUUGAAUACGAAGGUUCAGAUGAAGAAGCAAUACAGGGCCUCGGGAGUGCGGAAAAGGAAGGGUGGAAACGGCACGAAGAAGAGGAAUUGGAAGAGGGGAUGAACGUUUCCUUGCAUCUCUUGCAAAUAACCCAGAUCUGCUUGUCUCAGUUCCUGUGUUGGCCAGAUGGGGAUGAAGGUGGAGAGAAGAUGGUUCUAUCUUCUUCCACUCUAGGGUAG